CUCCCUCGGUCUCCCGCCUCGGGCUCUUUGCGCGCCCGUGGCUAGAGCAGAGCGCGUAAGAGAAGGAAGGCAGAGAAGACUUGAGGGAAGAGUAGGAGGAGAGGGGCUGCGCUGGAGAACUGGCCCGGGCGCACUGUGUGCGGUGACGGCGGCGGCAGCUGGCGCCGCUCGGUCCCUUGCUUCGGAGGAGGAGGAGGAGGAAGAGGAGGAGGAGGAGCUGUGCGCCCGAGAAUCCUGGGCAGUGGAGCCGCCGCCGUCGGAUCGGGGCCCGGCGAGAACGGAGCGGAGCCGAGGGCUCUGGAGCAGCCGCGGCUUCCAGCCCCCAGGGGACACGCACAGCGAUCCAGCCCGGAAGAAGUCUGUGAAGCCCUAGCUGCUGCAGCAGAGCGCAGAACCCCGUAGUCUCCUUCCUCCCGGGGAGCUAAGCUGGGCGCCGCGAAGCGGUCCCAGCCCCAGGUCGGAAGAGCCAAGAGCUCCGGGGAGAGGCGAAGCCCAGCAUGCUGCCGGAGGAUGCCUGAGGCUGGCCGGCCUGCAAGCGGGCGGCUUCCCGGGCCCUCCCGGAGCCUACCAGGAGGAAUGGUGACCGCGGGCUGCGUCUUGGUCUUCUACCUGGCAGUGGCCGUGAAUAGUGCGGGUGCCGGUCCGGGUCCGGGGCUGGUCAUCUCUCACCUGGAGCCUCGCCCUGCCAGGAGAGCCACAGAGCCACUGAGGAGUGAGCCCAGGAGUCAGGAGGAGCUGGUCUUCUCAAGUGGGGAGAGCAUCGAGCUUGGAUGUGAGGCCCAAGACUCGUCCAUGCUGGCCUGGUUCAAGGAUGGCAUGGCGAUCUUACCCACCAACAGGACCCACGUCGGGCCCGACCUGCUAAAGAUCAUCAAUGUGUCUUAUGAUGACUCUGGUGUCUACACCUGCCAGCAGAAGCAUUCCAGCGAGGUUCUCUGCAACUUUACCAUCCGAGUGACCGAGUCUCCAUCCUCUGGUGAUGAUGAAGAUGAUGAGGAUGAAGGAGAAGACACAGCUGUGCCAGAGCAACCAGCGGAGCCCGACCUUCCUCACCUGCCUCUCCAUGGUGCCCCGUACUGGACCCGUCCUGAGCGAAUGGAUAAGAAACUCCUCGCUGUCCCAGCUGCAAACACAGUCCGCUUCCGAUGUCCAGCUGCAGGCAACCCCACUCCCUCCAUCUACUGGCUGAAGAAUGGCAGAGAGUUCAAAGGAGAACAUCGGAUUGGGGGAAUUAAGCUGAGACACCAGCAGUGGAGUCUGGUCAUGGAGAGCGUGGUGCCCUCCGACCGAGGGAACUACACCUGCGUGGUGGAGAACAAGUAUGGCAGCAUACAGCAAACAUACACGCUGGAUGUCCUGGAGAGAUCCCCACACCGGCCCAUUCUGCAGGCCGGCCUCCCGGCCAAUCAGACUGUGGUCGUGGGGAGCAACGUGGAAUUCCACUGUAAGGUGUACAGCGAUGCGCAGCCCCACAUUCAGUGGCUGAAGCACGUGGAGGUGAACGGCAGCAAAUAUGGCCCCGAUGGAACACCAUACGUCACUGUCCUCAAGUCAUGGGUCAGCAGUACCAUUGAAGCAGACGCUAGCCUGAAUCUGUUCAAUGUGACAGAACAGGAUGAAGGAGAAUACCUUUGUAGAGCCAACAAUUUCGUAGGCAUAGCCGAAAAGCCAUUUUGGCUCCACAUUCGCAAAUCCAGACCAGCUGAAGAAAUGGUGGAAGUGGAUGACUCGGGCAGCGUCUUUGCCGGCCUCCUCAGUUAUGGGCUUGGGUUUUGUCUCUUCAUUGUGGCGGUGGCAGUCGCCGUCGCCAUUUGUCGGCUAAAGAUGCCCUCCAAGAAGGCUAUCAACACCCCCACUGUCCAGAAGGUGUCCAAGUUCCCACUCAAGCGACAGGUAACAGUGUCCCUGGAGUCGAACUCGUCCAUGAAUUCCAACACCCCCCUGGUGAGAAUCGCCCGCCUCUCCUCCAGCGAGGGGCCCAUGCUGGCCAACGUGUCUGAGCUGGAGCUCCCUGCCGACCCCAAGUGGGAGCUGUGCAGAUCUCGUCUUACCCUGGGAAAACCUCUUGGUGAAGGCUGUUUUGGCCAGGUGGUCAUGGCAGAAGCCAUCGGCAUCGAUAAGGACAAGCCCAACAAGCCCGUCACUGUAGCGGUGAAGAUGUUGAAAGAUGAUGCCACGGACAAGGAUCUCUCUGACUUGGUCUCUGAAAUGGAAAUGAUGAAAAUGAUCGGAAAACACAAAAACAUCAUUAACUUGUUGGGAGCCUGCACACAGGAUGGCCCCCUUUACGUCCUGGUGGAAUAUGCAUCCAAGGGGAACCUUCGUGAGUACCUGCGGGCCCGAAGACCCCCCGGGAUGGACUACUCCUUCGAUACCUGCAAGCUUCCAGAAGAACAGCUGACCUUCAAGGACCUGGUGUCCUGUGCCUACCAGGUGGCCAGAGGCAUGGAGUACCUGGCAUCCCAGAAGUGCAUUCACCGAGAUCUGGCUGCUCGGAACGUGCUCGUGACAGAAGACAGCGUAAUGAAGAUCGCGGACUUCGGCCUCGCCAGGGACGUGCACAAUAUUGACUACUACAAGAAAACUACCAAUGGGCGACUGCCUGUGAAAUGGAUGGCUCCGGAAGCCCUGUUUGACCGGGUGUACACUCACCAGAGCGAUGUCUGGUCUUUUGGUGUCCUGCUUUGGGAGAUCUUUACUCUAGGAGGUUCCCCGUACCCUGGGAUUCCUGUCGAGGAGCUCUUCAAGCUGUUAAAAGAGGGCCAUCGGAUGGACAAACCUGCCAACUGCACCCAUGAUCUAUAUAUGAUCAUGCGUGAGUGCUGGCAUGCGGUCCCAUCCCAGAGACCCACCUUCAAGCAGCUGGUUGAAGACCUAGAUCGAGUCCUCACAGUCACAUCAACAGAUGAGUAUCUGGACCUGUCUGUUCCCUUUGAACAGUACUCCCCUACCUGCCAGGACAGCCAUAGCACCUGCUCCUCCGGAGAUGACUCGGUGUUUGCCCACGACCUGCUGCCGGAGGAGCCCUGCCUCCCCAAAGGCCCCAAGUGUAACGGCGCCCUCAGGACGUGAUAGCCUCCCCGACGUGGCCCCGGGACCUGUGGGGAGCUGAGCUCGUCCAGAAUGGAGGCCUGCAAGCCUGGAACCAGAGGGGACUCACCAUCCAGGAGGAUGGGGUCUGGGUCCAGGCCGAGGAGAGCCUCCUGGCCCGCUGAAACUUUGUUUCCCCCCGAUCGUUUUUGCUGUAGAAAGAAGCCAAGAAGCACUGUAUGGCCUGAAAGAAGAAAAGCCUCUUGCCAAGAUGAUUAUAUGAUAGUAUAUAUAUAUAUAUAUAUAUAUA